AUGGAAGAUAUUCAUCGCUUCAGAUACAGUCCCUUAAAAUACAAUGAGAUUCGCCUGUUUAAGCUCGACCUCAACGAAGCUGAUGCUCCUCUGUCUGGGAGCAUCAUUACGUUUCGACUGCCGCGCUGGGAUGAUUCCAGCUUGAAAAAUAUAGCUGGCCAAUUUAUCUCCUCCGACGCUUGGCACAACUCGGUGUUGAUGGACAGAGAUGGUAGUGGUGGCUAUGAUGUUCUUUCGUAUGUUUGGGGUGAUGCGGACAGAAUUUAUCCUUUGACAUUGUCGGCGACAGGGAAGGUCUACACCAAGAACAGACUUGGUAUUGAUGAUAAUGUUAUGGGCCAUGGAACUAUGAGAAUUCGACACAAUCUCUACACCCUCUUGCAUCAACUACGUCGGACAAAGUACGAUAGAUGCAUAUGGAUUGACUCCAUAUGUAUUGAUCAAGAUAAUCAGCCUGAAAAAGGUGCUCAGAUCCCCCUUAUGCGAAGCAUCUACAAAGAAGCAAAGAACGUUAUAGUCUGGCUUGGUGAAGCCACUCAGGCGGAAGAGGGAGCACUGACAAUUCUCCCAGCAAUAUCUGCAAAAUUGAAGAAGCAACGGCUUGAUGACCUUGACUUAGAUCCCGAACAGCCCGAGACUUUCAAUGCGAUCGGCCUCCCAGAGCCUGCUCAUCCUGUCUGGCCAGCAAUCGGGUCUAUCAUGACCCGUCCCUGGUUUCGAAGACUGUGGACGCUUCAAGAGGUAGUCUUGCAGGAGAAAGAAAGAAUUGUUGUUCUCUGUGGGGAAAGGCAAAUCACCUGGGAGGCAUUUGCCGACUUCGGCCACGCAGCAUCAAAUGGCUACAGGCAGCGCAUCAUUAAUUGGACGAUCACCGGAAAUCAGCUGAUCGAACCCGCCGAGGCGAAUGGCUACACUUCCAUCCGCAUGAUAACCGAUUGCAGGAAUUUGUUCCAGCAAAGCUUGAAAACCAUCCUGGGUGGGGGCGUUCCUCUUCGCCAUCUUCUUCUCGCAUCCCGCCAACGGGAGGCCACUAAUCCAGUCGACAUGAUCUUUGGAAUACUGGGAAUGGCGGCUUACGGCCUUGGAAAAGUGCUCGAUCUAAAUAUCUCCAUGUCGCCCAUCGAAGUUUACGUGACUUUCGCGAGGCAUUACCUCCGCAAUGAAGUCAGCGAGUGCCUCUUAAAUCAUGUCGCAUCAAGGGACAGGCUGCCUGGUCUUCCAUCUUGGUGUCCCAAUUUCGGGUCGCCUGAGCAAAACUGUUCGCUUGGCUCUUUAUGGUGGGACGACACCUUGAUAGAAGAGACACCACACUCAAGGCGCUACUAUGCCAGCCAUAAGCAAGGCGUGAAUCUCCCUACGCACCAAUACAUACUCGCCCCAAUAAGAAAUAGCCUCCGUCGGCGUGAACCCAGUCAAGGACUAAAUGACACUCCCGACCCACGCCAACUCUCCUUACUACCCAAUCCUCACCAAAUUCACGCAGCAGGCGUAACGAUCGAUAUUAUCACCCAAAUUGUGCCCUACAACAGCGGCAUCCACACCUUCGCCACAAGCGUAGACUCUAUCCGGCAAACACUUGAAUGGGAGACCCUCUGCCGCUCCCUAGCCAUCCACACCCUUGGCGCCUCAGAUGAUGCUGUUCCCGAAGCCUACUGGCGCACCCUGAUCGCCAAUCAAACAUACGGUACCAUCGGAGAAGAAAACGUGCUGUGGGAUACCUACGAAAAGAUCAAUAUGCUGCCCUACUACCACAAAUGGAUCGCCUACAUGAACGACUCCCUCCAGCAAAACCAGCCCUUGUUUUUUCUUGGCGGCACAGAGCUUGGUGCCUUUUGGUUCUGCUUGCAAACCCUCCGGAUCCUUAAGCAGCGCUGCUUUUUCGCCACUCGCGAUGGAAGAAUAGGGAUUGGUCCGAGAACGAUCGAGGUGGGGGACAAGGUUGCGGUGUUCUUCUAUUGUCCUACGCCGUACAUUUUGAGACGAAAGGAGGCUGACUAUCAAUUUGUCGGAGAGACGUAUGUGCAUGGCCUUAUGUAUAAUGAAGGGAUUGAUAUGCUCAAGAGGGGGGAGUUGGAUGAGCAGAUGUAUGUGCUUGGCUGA